GCGGUUAGAAGGUGGCAAUAAGGUAAAUUGUAACACCUUGAGUUGCAGUAUAGAUCUAGAAUAGGAAAUUUUAGCGUCUAAGGAUAUAAUUUUUUACUUUCUUUCAUAGCCGGCUAAUGCGGUAUGUUUUUGUAUAACGUUGUUAAAUGAAUGAUAUAUCAAAAAAUUCGCUUGGUAAAAAGGCGGAGUUGAGUGUUAUUUUAAAUCGUUGUUAGUGGAAGCUGAAGCGGAAUUUUCAUUGCGAAGGUAAGUAAACUGUGAAUAUGUGUAUAUAUUAUUAGCAAAUAAUUGAAGGGCCCACACUUUGUUGCGUAUUUAUCUAAAAAAAUGUUUUGAUUCACAUGGAGCAAAACAUUUUUUUACUAAAUAUGUAACAAAACUUUGCCUAUUGACUUAAGUGUCGUGACCCUGGUAUUAGGACGCUAGAAAAAUAAAUACCUUCAUUGUAUUAAGUUUUCGUUUCGUAUAUUUUACUGUUUUUAAUUAACUUCAUUAUCUAAAAAUGGUGGACGCAUGAAUUUGGGGAUCCGUAGUUAUUUUCCAAAAGCACUACCUAGCCUACGGUUGACUAUAGUCCGCGCGGAACUUGGCCGCGCCUUAGGUAUGUGAGCUUGUGAGCGGUGGGGCGGAGAGGCGAGGGCACUUGCUGUCUACACUCAGUUAGACGCCGUACGCAGUGACGGCAACGCACGUUGACAGUUCCGGUUAGCUGACACAAAACGCACACAGAGCCCGCGCGCUAAUAAAUAAAUACCUACCAUUCAGUCUCUGCCCUCCACCUAAGUUCAUCGUGACGAGUGUUGUUUUUGGCGCUGGACACCGCGCGAAAACUUUGUAGUGCCUAUACCUUUGUUCACGUAGGUAACUUCGAUUGCGCCGUUUUAAAAGUGUCACUAGAAUGCCAUUCAAAAUUGUAAGAACAUUAGAGAAGGGAAAAUACAGCCACUGGAUUGUUCCUGCUACAUGGGAAUCUAAUAACAUUGUAAAAUGGCCUAAAAGAAACAUUUCAAAACUUGUUAAAUGCGAUGAUUACUUACCAGACCCGGAUUGGCGACAAAUAAAGUGCCGAGUAAAACGAAACAAUAUUCCAACUUAUAAGGACGCUGAACGAGAACUCGAGAAUUUAUUAUGUGUAACAGACACUGAUGAAGAGCAAAUAAAUGACAAAAUGACAAAAUCCAACAAACAAGAAGUAAACUUGAAUGCACUUGUGGAACAAUUGACUACCAACCAAUACGAACCACUCAUGAUUUCUGUACCCAAUGAGCCCAACGCGUCUUCCUCUAAAUUUACAACAUCCGACCAACAACAAGUGUAUAACCAAUACAAUUCACCCGUGAUUUCUGUACCCAAUGAGUCCAGCGAGUCUUCAUCUCAAAUCAUUUUGACUUCAGAUAACCAAAUACUGGGUAUACCUCCAAAUACCUAUUGUGUGCUUGCUGAAAACCAAGAUCACUUUAUAGACAAAUCACAAGAAAAUAGUGAUUUAAAGAAAAUAUUAGACGUAUUGGAAAACCACGACAAAAAGAUGGAUUCAAUAUUGGAAAAUCAAAAAAAAAUUAUGCACAAGAUGGCUUGCAUUUCUGUCCAAGUUGAUAAUAUGCAAUUACAACUCGGUAAUUGCAAUGAAGAGGAUGUUGUUCCCUUGGGUACGUCUAAAAACCAAGUUGAGAACUUGCGAUUCAGUUUCUCUCCAAUUACAACUGUUGAAGAUUUGAACAAAAUCAAUGAUUUACUUUCUGAUAAAACUGCUAGAAAACAACUGAAACAAACUUUUUCGGUUAUUUGUUCCGGUGGAAAAGGAAUUAAUUGUGCCUACAGACUUAUAGAUAUCAUGUUUUCGCGUGAUUUUUUGUGUCAGUGCUCUUGGAGUGGCAGUAGUCGUUCUGAUGGCGUUAAAAUUAGUUUAAAGUGCUAUAAAAAUGUUGUUUCGUUUUUUUGGGAGAUGAUUUUCAGUUGGGACCAGACUUUUACAUUACAAAAAAAUGAGCUUUUUUUCAAAAGCAUUUUGAAGAAUGCCAACAAAAGAAAAAAUGCUAAACAAGAAAGGUCAUCUACUGCACGAAAACGAGCCAAAAUUGAAAAUAAUAAAAGUAGCUCAGAGCCUUAUAAUAAUGAAAAUAGUGCCGGAAAUAUUGAACAAGACGCAAACGAGACGGAAAACAACAAUUAUGUAGCAUUCGUGGCAACUGCUGAAAAUAAUGUUGAAAAUCAACCCAGACAUAUACCUGGAAUCAAAAUGAUUCCAUAGUACUAGCCCCAGGUGACGAUUCAAUCGAAGUCGAAGAAGAGUCCCUAUGCUAAUUUAAUUCAUUUUUAAUUCAUUUAUAUUUUUAGGAGGUAAAAGUGCCUACUUUAAUUAUAAUGCAAAUGUUUUAUUACAGGAACUAAUCAUACGAAUAAAUACGCUAUG